CUUGAACACAGGGUGCUCACUAGGAACGUCGAAUUUGUUGAUCCAUUGCUAGUGGAGAAUGGUGCAUUUUCAGCGUUGCCUCAAGACGUCAAAACGGUUGUUGAUGAUUAUAGACUUUGCUGCAACUUCCUUGGAGACAUACCGGGAUAUAAGAUUGCCAACUGCGAGACCACUCAGUCACAGCCUCCGCUAAACCUCUGCGGUUCUCUCAUGCAAAACUACGGACUGCGCAUAUGCAUGUGGGUCCUUGGGAUGAGCGCCUUGCUUGGUAACUUUGGGAUCAUUGUCUGGAGGUUUUGGCACGCCGAGGGCAGCGACGUUAUGAGGGUUCACUCCUUCAUGGUGCAUAAUCUGGCCGUGUCAGACUUCCUGAUGGGAGUGUAUAUGCUGAUCAUCGCCGCUGCAGACAUCCACUAUGGGGACCGCUACUCUUACAAGUCCCGAGAGUGGCGGUCCAGCGCGCCCUGCAAGGCUGCUGGCAUCCUCUCGGUCUUAUCUAGCGAGGCAUCGGUGUUCUUUGUCACCCUGAUCAGCAUCGAGUGCUUCCUCAACCUUGUGUUUCCCUUCAGUCGGUUCAAACUUCGGCCGUCAUCUGCCCGGAUUGUGGUCUUGGCGGCCUGGGUUGUGGCUGUCUGCCUUGGCGUUGUACCGACUCUUGUGGUGGACCUCGACUCCGAUGUCUACGGUCUUUCCGACGUCUGCAUUGGGCUGCCUCUCACCACCAAGGCGUACGGAGUCCAGCUGCAGCCCAGCGACAUCGACAACCCUUUUGGGGGUGCCGACACUUUACAGAUCGUUUCGUCGACCAGCCAGAAGCCAGCCUGGAUCCUGUCCAUCGUCCUGUUUCUCGGCGUCAAUUCCGGCUGUUUCCUGGUCGUCCUCGCCUGUUAUAUUAGUAUCUUCGUCAAAGUCAAGUUGUCCGCACGGCGGGUCGGCACAGCUGCGCACCGGGAGCGGGACGUUAUACUGGCCGUCAAGAUGGCGUUGAUCGUUGGAACGGACUUUGCCUGCUGGAUGCCCGUUAUCAUCCUCGGAAUCCUCUCUCAGACCGGGGCGGUGCAGGUCGGUGUUGAGGUCUACUCCUGGAUCGUGGUUCUUGUCCUACCCAUCAACUCCUCCCUCAACCCGUACCUGUACACAAUCUAUUCUGCCAUCACCGAACGCCGUCAAAACACUAAACAAUCCUCUCAGAAACCUCUGACCAACUCCAAGGCGAAAUCCAAGUCGAUUGAAACCGUCAACUCAUUUCUGUCAGACAAAAACUCAAACUAACAUUAUACUUAGCCUCAGAGUUGACCAUACACGUGAAUGAGAAGCAACUAAGUACGCACUAUAAUAUUCAUGUA